AUGGCUACCUUUGUCUAUCCAUGCAGCGGAGAGACAGCCAGGCUCCUGAACAGACUGACUGAGAUUCUCUCUAUGUUUAACCCUUCUGUGUCCAGUUUCCUUACUGACCACACUAGCUCUGGCUCAGGACCAAGCAGGAGUCUUCUAAACCAAGCUGAAGAUCUUGUUCUAUCUCUCCGUAACAAGGUCACAGAGGAACAAUGGAAGCUACUCUUGUUGUUUGUUCCGGUGGAUGAUAUCUGUGUUUGUGAUGGCAAGGUCAAAGAAGCAAUGGACUCAACAGUGCAGGAAGUGGAAGAGGUCCUGGACAUACUGCAGAGAACGCUGGAUCACACCCUGAUUCACGUGGUUGUGUGGGGUGGCGAGACUGAGACCAAUCUUCUCCAUGAGAGCGCUUGCCAGUGUGAAGCGGCUUACACCGAGAACAGACACAAACUGGAAAGAGGAAUGCUCACGUUUGCCAUGCAGGAUUUUCUUGGUGGUCUCUUGGAGAGUCGUAUCUGGUUCAGUGAACGGAUGGACUUCAGUGUUGCUCUACAGUCCACCCCAGCGUACAUCGACCCUGAAGAGAAGAGUUCCUCGCCUAUCAUGGACAAACUGGCUCUUCAGCUGUGGUCAAACCUGCUCCAGCCAAUGAGCAAACAGCCUGACACGCUGGGUAAUAACAUCAUUGCCUGCCCCUCUGAGGAGAGGCCUUACCUACGCACACAUCAAAACUCUAAGAGCCAAACUGACAUCAGAGAGAAGCAACAUGAGCCAACUCCUCUGUUUAAUCCAGUGAUGGGCACUGAGUUCAUGUGUCCCGUUGGAAACCCGUCCCCUACACCUCCCACCUCAGUUCAUGCCCUUAGGCCAGAAGACAUCAAAGUGGUGGCAGCUUUAGGGGACUCUCUCACAGCAGCCAAUGGGGUUGGUGCACAUCAAAGUAAUCUCCUGGGCGUAUUAACAGAGUACAGGGGUCUGUCAUGGAGCAUUGGAGGUGACCAGGGCCUUGCUAAUGUUACAACCUUGGCCAAUAUUUUACGGGAGUUUAACCCACUACUGACUGGCUUUUCCACUGGAACUGGAAGUGAGACCUCCCCAAAGGCCUUCCUAAAUCAGGCAGUGCCUGGAGCCCAGAGCAGGGACAUGGCAUCCCAAGCGCGCACCCUCAUCCAAAAGAUGAAGACUGAUCCGCGUAUUGACUUUGAGAAUGACUGGAAGGUGAUCACAUUGUUCAUAGGAGGCAAUGACCUGUGUGCCUAUUGCUUUGAUACUCUCUUCUACCAUCCCGAUAAUGUGGCAUUUCGCAUCCGAGAUGCUUUGGAUAUCUUACACAAAGAGGUGCCUCGUGCCCUGGUAAAUUUGGUAGAAGUCCUUCACAUUACCCCACUGCGAGCCUUGCAUGAGGACUCUAGUAAUGGAUGCCCUACUUGGCUUGUUAAUAUUCUCUGUCCAUGUGUGCUGAAGGCAAAAGCAGGAUCACAGGAGCUCCAGAAGCUGAUUGAUUACAACAGAGGGUAUCAGAAAGCGAUGAGAGAUCUGGUCGAUACUGGACGCUAUGACACACAUUCAAACUUCACUGUGGUGCUCCAGCCUUUCUUCAGAGAUGUGGUUCUUCCAGUGUUGGAGAAUGGAAAACCUGACCGUUCCUACUUCUCUCCAGACUGUUUCCAUCUCAGUCAAAAGGCCCACACCUUGAUGGCUCGUGCUCUGUGGAACAACAUGUUGGAGCCACUUGGUAACAAGACAGCCACUCAGGACUUUGCCUAUGGUGUCAAUCUGCAUUGCCCUUCAGAGACUAGGCCCUUCCUGGCAACCUAUGACAACAGCAACUACACUUACCCAGGGAUUCCCAGUCCUCCACCUCCAAUCACGAACUGGGGCAGUGAUUUCUCUUGUGUGGAUACAGCGCCAUCUCCUUCUGUACCCACAUCAGUUCACAAAUUGAGGCCAGGAGACAUCAAAGUAGUGGGAUCUUUGGGAGACUCACUCACUGCUGCAUUUGGUGCAAAAGCUGAAAACCUCUUUGAACUGCAGAAUGAAGAGAGAGGUGUAUCAUGGAGCAUCGGUGGCGAUGAAACGCUGGAGACUGUCACCACCUUACCCAAUAUACUAAAGAAGUUCAACUCAAAGAUCUUUGGCUUUUCUACCGGUCCUGGCACACGGCCCAAUGGCUUCAAUAUGGCCAUUAGUGGAGCUAAAGCAUCUGGGAUACCACAACAGACGAGAGAUCUGGUAGCAGCUAUGCAAAAUAGCAUAAUGGUGAACUUUGAGGAGGACUGGAAACUGGUCACUCUCUUUAUAGGAGGAAAUGACUUGUGUCAGUACUGCCUGGAUCGGGCCUCCCUUUCCCCCUAUAACUACACUAAAUAUCUUGAGGAGAGUUUGGACAUUCUAUACAGGGAGGUACCCAGAGUGCUGGUCAAUGUUGUAGAGAUUCUAGAGAUUGAGGGCCUUCGUAAGAUUAAGAGGGACACACUUGGCUGUAGCUUCUUGCAAGAGAUAUUAUGUCCAUGUUUCUUGGAACCUCCCGAGAACUCUCCAGAGCUUAGUGAGAUGAAGAGAAUUAACAGAGAACUCCAGAUCGAGACAAAGGAGUUGGUUUACGGAGGGCGAUAUGACGGACGGGAGGACUUUGCUGCAGUCAUCCAGCCAUUUUUCCGCAGCUCAGUAGUCCCCAUGGGAAUGGAUGGGCAGCCAGAUGUUAGUUACUUCUCUGUGGACUGCUUUCACUUUGCUGAGCGUGGGCAUGCUCAGAUGGCUAUAGCUCUGUGGAAUAACAUGCUGGAGCCAGUGGACGAUAAGCAAUCUUUCAACAACUUCACAUAUGACCGCAGUAAAAUAAAAUGCCCCACAAUGGAUCAUCCCUAUAUCUUUACCUCCGUCAACAGUCAACUAUCUCAACCAUCUCAACCAUCACCUACCACACCUACAACACCUACCACCACACCUGUGCCUGGCACCCCUCUCCCUAACAACUGUAGGCAAGACUCUGUGCCUGCGUGGGGAGCAGCUGUGCUUGCAGUGGGGAGCUUGCUGAUUGGUUGGGGAGUUACCUGGCUCCUCUUCUCCUACAGAGAUCGCAGAAACAGGAAAAGAGCCGCAUCCAGAAGAGAGGUUGGAGUAAAAGGGACUGAAUUAUAA